AUGGCGAAUGAAGAAUACAACAGAAAGAUUAGCUGGGAUGAAGAUGGUUUCAUUGGAAUAAACGAAGAUAACCUUAGUAGCAUUAGGCACAAUAAUAGUGUCAAUGAAAAGUCCAGCUUGUUAAUUACAAAUGAAUGUAAAGAUAGUUUUCUUAUUGAUGACUUUUCAAGAAGACCAAAAAAUAUGAUGAGUGUAUAUUAUGAAAAUGAUGACGAGGAUAAUAUUUUUGGUGGGGGGGAAAACAGCUCGUUAAAUAAAAAUUUAAAAACGCUUAAUUUGAGUGAUAUAAAAAAAAAGGGGGUAAAAAGUGAUAGCAAUAAUUUAAAUUAUGGUAGUAAUAACAGUAACGGUAGAAGUAGCAGUAAUAACAAUACUAGAAGUAUCACUAAUGGUGGUAGUAGUAGCAGUCCAUUUCAAGGGCUCAUGAGUAACGUGAAUGACGCUCUUAACUUUGUCCCAAAUAGUAGUACUAUAACAAGUAAUAAACUGGAAGACCCUGCAAAUACAGAUUGUUCGUCUAGUAAUAAUUACAACAGUAAUAACAACAGUAAUGUAUAUCAUCACAAUUCCUUUUUUGAAAAGGAAUAUAGUAACACAAAUAAUGUAGGAGAAAAUAAAAACAAUUAUGAAAAUUAUGAACAUAGUCUAAGCGGAAAAAUGAACAUAAUCAAUUUAAGCGAAAAUAUAAAUGUAGAUAAUAAGGAUAGCAAUAAUAACAACUCUUUUGAUCUAUUUCCCUUUUUUAAAAGCUUAAAUAGUAUUAGAACAAAAUUAUUAUCAUAUUAUGAUUUAGAUAAUGAUGUAGUAAUAUAUAGGUGUAUGUGUGCACUACUACCUUAUUUUAAUGUAUAUAAAACAUAUGACUUUAUGAACAAUUUUAUUGAUAUAGAAAAGAAUGAACAUGAAAUGGAUGAUAAAAAUAGGGAUAAUGCAAAUAUUAACGAAACGGAAAAUGAUGAUUAUGAUGAUGAAAAUGAAAAUAUAACAAAAAUAAAUAACAUGAAUAAUAACUUUAAUAAUUAUAACAACAAAUUAAGUAUUGAAAAAAACCCAGAUAUAUAUGCCUUUGUUUGGUUGAAUAUAUUCAUCUCCUUUGUAAUUUUUUUUCUUUUCAACAUAAAAAAUAUGUUUUUUAGUAACAGCAUAUAUGUUGAUAGUACUUCCACAGGUACUACUAGUAAUGGUGGUGCAAUAUACGAUGAUACGCAGGAUAGUGAUGUGAUAAUUAAUAUGAAAAAUUACAUGAAGGAAAACAAAUUGAACAUUCUCUACAAUUCAUUACUUUUUAUCUAUUCAUUUAACAUUUUUAUACCUGUACUUGUGCAUGUAACUAACUAUUUUGUUACAAAAAAAGUAUAUCCAAUUAAAUUGUCAUUUCUUAUUUCUUUAAUGAGUUAUAAUAACAUAAUUUUAUUACCAGUGAUUUUUAUUUACAAGUAUUUAAUUAUAGAAACUACUUCAACAUUUUUUUUUUGGUUUUUCACACUUUUACGAUUUAUUCUUUUUGUUUUUUAUAUGACUACAUCCAUAUUUUAUAUAUAUAAAUAUGUCAACAAAAUGUUGCGCAUUCAUUUUGAAAGUAAUAUUGUAUAUCUCAAUUACGCUAUUUUUUUAUUUUCGUACAUGUCCUUUUAUCUCAUAUUAAAGAGUUACAUACUCAAUUAUUUAUAA